AUGGCAUCGUCAGCAGGGAGCACGGACGUCUUUUCUAAUUACGAACAUGAUCUUGACAAUUUGUUGAGAUCGGUCAAGACAAAGAUGGAGCAACUGGCUAUUCAAGCAGGAGAGGAACGAAAAAGCACCGUGCGAUCGGUUGAACGUGAGAUGGAUGAAAUGGAUGAAAUUCUAAGCCAGAUGCAAAUGGAGCUCCUGAAUAUCCCUUCUCCAUCCCGAAUACGAUUGCAGGCCAGAUUGCGGCUUUUCAAGACAGAAGGCGAGAAAUUAAGGCGGGACUUGCGACGAAUGACCACCGUGAUACCCAGCUACCAAUCUAUUAAUAGCGAUCGACAUGAAUUGUUGGGUGAAAUGAACUAUGAAAAUGAUUUGGAUGCCUCUAGUGCCGAUCAACGUCAACGGUUACUCAAUGGAACGCAACAAUUGGGUAAUUCAAGCCAACGCCUGCAAGAGAGCCAUCGCAUCGCGUUGGAAACCGAAGGCAUCGGGAUCAACAUCCUUCACACCUUGAGAGGACAACGAGAAACUAUGCUGCGAACUCGAGAUACCCUGGCUGAAGCCGAUUCCCACAUUGACAAGUCUUCGCGCACAUUGAAAAGCAUGGCCCGUCGGUAA